AUAAAAUUUUUUAAACAAAAAAACCAACAUUUUACAUGUAGCACCACAACUUAACAAUUUCUACCUACAACCCUGCUCUGUAUACUCAUUCUAAACUUGUUCCAUAGACUAUAAUAUAAUCUAUCUCCACUCAUUCAUUCAUCAAGAUUGAAAAAUGGAUUAAAAUGCUUGUCUACCACACUUGCUAGUGUUAGCAGUAACAUUGGUAUUGGUUAGUUAUGCAAUGGGAGAUUCAGCUCAAGACAAACAGAGAUGUGCAGAAUCCCUGACAGGUGUUGCAACGUGUCUGCCAUAUUUGGGUGGUGACACGAAAGCACCCACAGCAGAUUGUUGCAGUGGUCUCACACAAGCCAUGAAGACCAACAAGAAGUGUGUCUGCCUUAUUCUCAAAGACAGGGAUGAUCCUGACCUUGGCUUAAAGAUUAACAUGACAAUUGCUGUUGGUCUCCCUUCUCUUUGCAAAACACCUGAUAAUCUCUCACAGUGUUCUGCACUUCUGCACUUGGAUCCUAAAUCACCUGAAGCUCAAGCUUUUAAUCAAAUUGGUCAGAAAUCCAAUGGUGGUUCUAUCAGUCCUUCGCCCACUCCUUCUGUUGAAGGAAGUUCCCAGAAUGGUAAAAACCAGGGGACAGAUGAAACGGCCACAGCUAAGAAUAGUGCAUCUUAUAUCGGGAAGAGAUUCUUAGAAAGUUUGGUUGCAGUUGCAGGGCUUCUAAUUUGGCUUUCAUGAGCUUUACUCAAAUACUACCUAUAUAUUACCAUUUUCAUAUCACGUUGAAAUGUAAACCAUUGAUGAGUUGAUAGUGCAAAAAUAUUUACACUCUUGAGUGUAUUAAAUCUCUGACAGACUCACAAUAGAUAUUAUUGCAAAACCUUAUUGGAGAUUUAUUUUUGUGAGCA